AUGAAUAAUAACUCAAAUCGUAAAGACAUUAUUGUAGGCCUCGUUGAAGAUUUCACAGCCGAUAUUAAUAGUGAAAUCGCAAAAUAUCAAAUUGAAAAUGAUUCUUUAACUCAGGAUAAUAUUUCAUUGAAAUCUAUAAAUUCAAGUUUGGAUUCUGAAAUUCAAUUGUUGAAAUCUAGUAAUAAUAAUUUGCUACUUGAAAAAAACAGUUACAUUUCACAAUUAACCGUUCUUACAGAAUUGAAAGCUAAAAAUGAAUCUUUGGAAUUUGAAACUAGAGUUUUUGAUUCUGAAGUCUGCAAACUCCAAAAUGAAAUUAAUGCUUUACGUGAGAAGAAAAACGUUGUUAGGCCAAAAAUUGGAGUGUUUCAAAUAGAAAAUAAAUCACUUAAAGUGGAGCUUAAGGAGAAAAAUCAAUGUGUCAGAGAUCUUACCGAGCAUACAACUCGUUUAUUUUCUGCGAAUUGCGUACUUAUUAACAAGAAGAAUAGGCUUCAAUGUGAAAAUAACAAGUUUAUGCAAGAUAUCAAUUAUAAGGAUAAAUCUCAUAAUGAUAUUUCACAUAUAAUUUUAAGUUUUUUUAUAAAAAGAAGAGAUUUUAAAAUAUUUUUGAAUAUUCUUGAAUCAUAUCACUCAUAUGAUUUCCAAUGA